UGUUUCCCGCCGAGCUUCGAAAAGGGUUGCACCUGGUUUCAUCAGCGUCCUUUCCGCCGCUCCACAUGUAGCCAAAAUAUUACGACUUAAGUUGUGUUAAUGUUGAGUAAUUUGAAAAUUUGAAGCUGUUUACAGGCUACACAUACCCCUGCUGACAUGCUUCUUUUUUGUCCAACCUGCGGGAAUGUGUUGAUCGUGGAGGAAGGACAGAAGUGUAUGAGAUUCGCCUGUAACACCUGUCCGUAUGUCCACAACAUUACAAGAAAGGUUAAUAACAGGAAGUAUCCUAAGUUAAAAGAGGUGGAUGAUGUUCUUGGAGGGGCUGCAGCUUGGGAAAACGUGGACUCAACUCCAGAAACGUGUCCAAAGUGUGGACAUCUGCGGGCGUAUUUCAUGCAGAUCCAGACCAGAUCAGCUGAUGAGCCGAUGACCACUUUCUAUAAAUGCUGCAAUAUUCAGUGUGGGCACCGAUGGAGAGACUGAACCCUUUGGACUGUAAACAUUGUAAUAUAUACACACUUGGAUUAGAACACUCUUACUUCGACCCUUGUUCCUGAGCUUGUAUAAACAGACUCUAGUACUUAUUGAUUUUUCUGUUUGAUGUGCUGUCUCUGCUCAGUUUGAAGGGGGAGGACAACCUAAUUUUCUCCUGGUCUUUGCAGAUACUUACACACAGCUUUUCUUUCGAUGCAUAAAUCAUUUUCGAAACAAUAAAAUGAGUUUGGAUGAAA